CAAAAACGCACACGAAACCGUGCCGUUGGAGUGGGAAGAUAAAAUUAGCAGUUUUCCUUUGGCGAGUGGUGUGAUUUUACUGUUCAAUCAUCUGUGAGUUGGUACGAGAUGAGCGGAAUGAUACGACUUCCAACGGUGCUCGCCAAGAACGCGCUGUCCGCGGUUCGAGGCCUGACUGCUGGUACGUCGCAGAGGAAUUUGCAUUUCACCGUUGGACAGAAUAAUGCCAAAUCGAACCCAGAUGCCAUUUCACGCGAGUAUCCCGUCGUUGAUCAUACCUACGAUGCGGUGGUGGUUGGUGCUGGUGGAGCUGGUCUCCGAGCUGCGUUUGGACUGGUAGCAGAGGGUUUCAAGACGGCCGUAAUUACCAAGCUGUUCCCUACCCGCUCCCAUACCGUGGCCGCACAGGGAGGUAUCAAUGCUGCGCUGGGAAACAUGGAAGAGGAUGACUGGAAGUGGCACAUGUACGAUACGGUGAAGGGUUCGGAUUGGUUGGGUGAUCAGGAUGCGAUCCACUACAUGACCCGUGAAGCACCGAAGGCCGUCAUUGAGCUGGAGAACUACGGAAUGCCGUUCUCCCGCACGCCCGAUGGCAAGAUCUAUCAACGCGCUUUCGGUGGACAGAGCUUGAAGUACGGCAAAGGUGGUCAGGCGCAUCGUUGCUGCUGCGUGGCGGAUCGUACUGGACAUUCGCUUCUCCACACGCUGUACGGCCAAUCGCUGAGCUACGACUGUAACUACUUCAUCGAAUAUUUUGCCAUGGAUCUGUUGAUGCAGGAUGGCGAGUGUGUUGGUGUGAUUGCCAUGAACCUGGAGGAUGGUAGCAUCCAUCGCUUCCGUGCAAAGAACACGGUACUAGCCACCGGUGGUUACGGUCGGGCGUACUUCUCCUGCACCUCGGCCCACACUUGCACCGGCGACGGUACGGCAAUGGUGGCACGUGCUGGUCUGCCUUCGGAAGAUUUAGAAUUUGUACAGUUCCACCCGACUGGCAUCUACGGAGCGGGCUGUCUGAUUACGGAAGGUUGUCGCGGUGAGGGCGGUUAUCUAAUUAACUCACAGGGUGAACGGUUCAUGGAGCGUUAUGCACCGGUCGCGAAGGAUUUGGCAUCGCGUGACGUUGUGUCGCGUUCGAUGACGAUUGAAAUCCGUGAAGGGCGCGGAUGUGGUCCGGAGAAGGAUCAUGUCUAUCUGCAGCUGCAUCAUCUGCCCCCAGAGCAGUUGGCCCAGCGAUUGCCUGGUAUUUCGGAGACGGCAAUGAUUUUCGCCGGUGUAGAUGUAACGCGCGAACCCAUUCCGGUGCUGCCAACCGUGCACUACAAUAUGGGUGGUGUGCCGACGAACUACAAGGGUCAGGUACUGACCUCGGAAAAUGGUACGGAUCGUGUUGUGCCUGGACUGUACGCUUGUGGCGAGUCCGCCUGCUCGUCGGUGCACGGUGCUAACCGUCUCGGUGCUAAUUCGCUGCUUGAUUUGGUUGUGUUUGGUCGUGCCUGUGCUAAAACGAUUGCCCAAGAAAAUCGGCCAGGCGAGAAGGUGCAGGAUCUGAAGCCAAAUGCAGGCGAAGCAUCGGUUGCUAAUUUGGAUUGGGUGCGUAAUGCUGAUGGACAGGUGCCGACCUCCACGUUGCGUUUGAAUAUGCAGAAAACUAUGCAAACGCAUGCUGCCGUUUUCCGGGAGGAGAAAACGCUGCAGGAAGGUGUGCGCAAGAUGAGUGACAUCUACAAGACCAUCAAGGACGUGAAAGUGUCGGAUCGAUCUCUGGUGUGGAAUUCCGAUCUGGUGGAAACGUUGGAGCUGCAGAAUUUGUUGCUGAACGCGAAUAUGACGAUUGUGGCGGCUGAAAAUCGCAAAGAAUCACGUGGUGCCCAUGCCCGUGAGGAUUACAAGACACGUGUGGAUGAAUAUGACUUUAGCAAACCUCUCGAAGGACAGCAGAAGAAACCAAUGGAAGAGCACUGGCGCAAGCACACGCUGACGUGGAUCGAUCCAGCCACCGGUAACGUCACCAUCGGCUACCGUCCAGUCAUUGACGAAACGCUCAGCGAGGAGUGUGCCACCGUACCGCCAGCAAUUCGGUCGUACUAAACAAAAUCAAC